AUGGCCAACUACCUCGCCUCCAUCUUCGGAACUGAGCAAGACAAGGUCAACUGCUCCUUCUACUACAAGAUUGGCGCGUGCCGCCAUGGCGACCGCUGCUCGCGCAAGCACGUCAAACCCUCGUACUCGCAAACGGUACUCCUUCCCAAUCUCUACCAGAAUCCAGCCUACGACAACAAGACACGCAUGACGCCUGCGCAGAUGCAAAACCACUUCGACAACUUCUACGAGGACUUCUGGUGCGAGAUGUGCAAAUACGGCGAGAUCGAAGAGGUGGUCGUCUGUGACAACAACAAUGAUCACUUGAUCGGCAACGUCUACGCGCGCUUCAAGUACGAGGACUCCGCGCAGAAGGCCUGCGAUGCGCUCAACAGCCGCUGGUACGCUGGGCGGCCGAUCUACUGCGAGCUCAGCCCCGUCACGGACUUCAGAGAGGCCUGUUGCAGGCUGAAUAGCGGCGAGGGUUGCGUGAGAGGAGGCUUCUGCAACUUCAUCCACCGCAAGGAGCCGACCGCGUCGCUCGAGAGGGAGCUGGAGCUGUCCACGAAGAAGUGGUUGCGCGAGCGAGGCCGUGAUGAGCGCAGCAUGUCGGGCAGUGCCAGCCCUGAGCCUGCAAAUCCCAGGUACUAG